AUGAAGAUGCGAGUGACGAAGAGCUGUCUUCUUUUUAGCCUGACUGGCUCGUCUCUGGCCUACCCAAAGCGCGAGACAUCUGCUGGCCCAGACGCGCAGAAAGCAAAGGCAAUCAAAGAGACCUAUCAGAGGUCGUGGAAAGGCUACUAUGACCAUGCGUUUCCGAACGACACUCUCACCCCUUUGACGAACUCAUACGUCAAUGACAGGAAUCGCUGGGGCGUCACAGCGAUCGACGCGAUCAGUGCGAGUAUCGUCCUUCGCGAUGAGAAGAGCGUCAAUCAGAUCCUCGAAUUCGUGCCGACAAUCAACUUUACGACCACGGCCGAGCCCGGUGACAUUUCGCUGUUUGAGACCAACAUUCGCUACUUUGGCGGUCUUUUGUCCGCCUAUGAUCUUCUCUCGCAAGAGCCAUGGAGCGACCUUGUCACGAACAAUACUCACGUCGAAGCUUGCCUCAAGCAGGCUCAGUCCCUGGCAGACUCGUUGAAGUUCGCCUUUGACACGCCGUCCGGCGUCCCUGACCCUAUCAUCCAACUCAACCCUGAGCCCAAACGCCAUGGUUCGACACAGAACAACAUUGCCGAAGCGGGCACCCUCGUUCUAGAGUGGACACGUCUAUCCGACAUAACAGGAGACCCCCGGUACGCCGAGCUUGCUCAGAAGGCGGAGUCCUACAUGCUCAAGCCCUCGCCUCCCGAGACCGAGCCCUUCCCGGGACUGACAGGCACCUUUCUGAGCCUCGAGGAUGGCACAUUUGUGGACAAAGAUGGUGGCUGGGGAGGGUACACGGACUCUUUCUACGAGUAUCUGAUCAAAAUGUUCCUUUACGACCCCGAGGAAUUCGGCCUCUACAAAGAACGGUGGAUUGCGGCCGCGGAUUCUACCAUUCAGUUCUUGUCAAGCCAUCCUUCCACCAGGGAAGACAUUACUUUCCUGGCUCAAUACGCCGGCACCGAUAUCAUCCCCACAUCUUCUCAUUUGGCCUCCUUCACCGGCGGAAACUUCAUGCUCGGUGGCAUCGUGCUCAAGGAGCAAAAGUACAUUGACUUUGGACUCACCCUCGCCAAUUCCUACUACGAAACCUACCGCGGUAUCAUCACGGGCAUCGGUCCCGAGGGCUUCCGCUGGGUCGACAAUACCCUCCCCACCAACUCAACCAAUAACCUACAGCCACCUAGUGAAGAUGCCGGGUUUUGCGAGAAGGCUGGGUUUUGGGCCACCUCGACCGCCUACAUUCUCCGUCCCGGGAUCCUCGAGACGCUGUACUACGCCUACCGUGCCACAGGCGACAAGAAUUACCAGGACAUGGCGUGGGAGGCAUACGAGAACAUUGUCGCGGCAGCCGAGACGGGUGCGGCGUUUAGCAGCUUGCGCGACGUGACGGUUGUGGGUGGGGGGUACAUUGACAAGAUGGAGAGCUUCUGGCUGACCGAGACGCUCAAGUAUUUGUUCUUGAUGUUUGACGAGGAGAGUGAGCUGCAGGUCCAGAAGGAGGGCAGCAAGAUGAGAUGGGUGUUCAACACGGAGGCGCACCCCGUCAAGAUCCGAUAG